AUGGCUGCUUCCGACUACAAGUUUGAGGGCUGGAUGGGCCUGGACUCCAAGGCCGUCGAGGGCAACAUGGUCUGGAAGGACUUUGAGCCCAAGCCCUGGGAGGAGACCGAUGUCGACAUCAAGGUUUCCCACUGCGGUAUCUGCGGAUCCGACCUGCACACCCUCAGAAGCGGAUGGGGCCCCACCGCCUACCCCUGCUGUGUCGGUCACGAAAUUGUCGGUGUCGCUGUUCGCGUGGGCUCCCAGGCCGUCGGAGACAUCAAGAUCGGAGACCGCGUCGGUGUUGGUGCUCAGAGCGACUCCUGCCAGGGCCGCAAGGGCGACUGCGAGGAAUGUGCUGCCGGUCUGGAGCAGUACUGCCGCCACUCCAUGGUCGGCACCUACAACGGCACCUACAUGAACGGCGGCAAGUCGUACGGUGGGUACUCGCUGUACCACCGCUCUCCCUCUCGCUUCGUCAUCAAGAUCCCCGAUGGUAUCUCCUCCGCCCACGCUGCCCCCAUGCUUUGCGGUGGUAUCACCGUGUACUCCCCCCUCAGACACUACGGAUGUGGUCCCGGCAAGCGGGUCGGCAUCAUCGGUGUCGGUGGUCUCGGCCACUUCGGUAUCAUGUUCGCCAAGGCCCUUGGAGCCGACAAGGUCGUGGGUAUCUCGCGUAAGGCCAACAAGAAGGAGGACGCCCUCAAGCUGGGCGCGGACUCGUACAUCGCCACCGACGAGGACCCGGAAUGGGCCAAGAACCACGCGAGGAGUCUGGAUCUGAUUGUGUCAACCGUCUCUUCCUCGAAGAUGCCCAUGAUGGGAUACGCUUCUCUUCUGGACCUUGACGGUUGCUUCGUGCAGGUCGGUGCCCCCGAGGACGGCGCCCUCGAGAUCCCUGCUUUUGCUUUGAUCAUGAAGCGCGCGAAGCUGGGAGGUUCCCUGAUCGGUGGCCCGAACGAGAUCCGGGAGAUGCUCGAGCUGGCUGCCACCAAGAAGGUCACUCCUUGGAUCGAGGAGAUUUCGAUGAAGGACGCCAACAAGGCCGUUGUGGACAUGGAAGCUGGCAAGGCCCGGUACCGUUACGUCCUUAGCAACGAGCUGUAA